ACAAAUGGGCCUUCGAUGGAACCAACCUUCCACACUGGAGAUUUCAUAAUAGGCGAGAGAAGGCCAAAAGAUAUAGCUUAUGGAAAUAUUAUAAUUUUGAGGUCCCCGUUUGAUCCUGAUGGUUACCUCGUAAAAAGACUGAUGGGUCUACCAGGUGAUAUCAAAAGAAAUGGCCUCUCAUUCACCAAGGUCCCAGAAGGCCAUAUGUGGCUUGAAGGAGACAAUUCCAGCAAUUCCAGGGACAGUAGAAGUUUUGGAUCGGUGCCUCAAGGCCUCAUAACAGGAAGAGCCUUGUACAAAGUGUGGCCACUCAGUGAUGCCAAAGUGUUAUAACAUUUAAGGAUUAUUUAUUUAUUAUUAAGUGACUCUCAAAGUGACGUAGGUUAUCAUUUUUAAUUUUUUUCCCCCCUGAAAGUAUUCUCAAAUGGUUUCAUGGCAUGUGAAUAUGCUGUCAUCUGACUUAAACAACUAGUUCCGAUGGUUGUUCUCUUACUUUACACUUCCAAGACUGUGAUUACAACUAGAGAAUAUAUUUUGUUUUGUUUCUAA